CGAGUCCGAAAGCAAGAGACAGCGGUGAGCGGUGAGUAGUGACAUCGUUGAACCCAGCUCGCUGAGCUCGGUGCAAAAAGUCAUCAGGAAACCAGAAUGUUGGGCCCAGCUGAGGACUGACGAGUCUGAAACUCGGUUUCGAUGGCAACUCUUUGACAGCUGCCAUGUCGCGCGUCGCUUCCAUUGAUUGAUUGACACACCCUGCGUCAUCCUUUCCGCUGCCCGCUGCCCGCUGCCAUUUCCUCCAGUUGCCACACCCGCAGCAAACCCGACCGGGCGCUUUGUCAGCGGCCUCAAAUCCCGCGUUAUUGCUCUCUGUCAAGGCCACUCUCCCGCUCCCGCUGCCGGCUAUGGGGCGCAAGCGGGCUUGCGAUGCGUGUCACAAGAGAAAGAUUCAGUGUGAACCCGCCCAUCCCUCCUGUGACUGGUGUAAACACCAUGACCUCGAAUGCACCUUUGAUCGUGAGAUACGCCCGAGGAAGAGGGGCGUGUCCAAGAAGCCAUCGAGCACAAGAUUAAAUAACAGACCGAGUCCUCACGCACCUGAAGAGACCCUGACCCGCAAGCUGCAGCCGCUCGAGGCUCUGUUGACGGACCCUCUGACCGCUCCAGCGCCGCUGUCCUCUUCCACAAACGCCUUCUCCCCGUGCCGAGAUCCCGAGGGUCUGCCUCCACCGUCCCCCGUAUCUGGCUCCCGGCCCUGUUUCGGCAAGCUGCACUUUGCCGGGUACCACCUUGGCGAGAUCAGCUCGUACAACGGAGUUCCGCAUUUCUCGACCACGGGCCGGGAGUGGAUUCGCUCCCGUGCCGGCCAGGCCCCUGUAUUUCCUGCCGUGUGGGAUGACGAUGAAGUUGACCACGGUGCGCCGCAGCUGGGCAAGGAGGAUGUGCUGCCGCCCAUCGAGGAGCCGCCGUCCCUGCCGGACAGGGCCGUGACCGAUCGAUACCUCGCCUUCUUCGGCACCUCUCACUUCAGGUUGGUGUUCCCUGUGUUGGACACUGUUCUGUUUGAGGAGAUCAUAGACACCGCCUACGGCCUGGGAAGCCCCGGUCCCCAUGAGCUUCUUGUUGCCAAAACCUGUGUCUUUGCCUUUCUAUGCAUGGUGACCUUAUUUGUGGGCUCCGAAUCGCCGGUAGUGCCGCCAAUAGAAGGAGACGUGAUGGCUGCAAAGGCUCAGCAUUUGCUCCCAGCCGCGCUGCGUCGUGAUUUUACUCUGACUAGUUUGCAGACCAUGAUAAUGUUGACCAUGUACCAGCUCUUUGCCGGGCGGGUUCAGUCCUCUGUCAUAUGUCUCUCCCUCACCUGUCGCAUCAUGUUUAUGCUGGGCGCACACACCAUCGCCAACCCUUGGUCAUCCUCUUCGCCGGCGUCGCGGGCGCCAAAGCUUCUCCGCAAGCUCUUUUGGUUGACCUACAACUUUGACAAGGAGCUCUCUCUGCGUACUGGCCAGCCGCCUUGCAUCCCAGACGAACAUUGCGACCUGUCGCUGCCGCCCAACUAUUCCCUGACUCAGUACCUCGACCGGUAUAUGCAGGUCGACCACGAUGAUGAGACCAUGAUCCCAAGCUUGCCUGGCGACUUAAGGUUGACGCUCAUCAAGUCAAAAACAUGUCAGCUGCUCUACUCGGCCGAAGCCCUUCGCAAGACAGACGCCGAGCUGUUGCGGAAUAUACGAGAACUCGACGAUGAGCUGGAAAAGUGGCGGCUCUCUGUCCCGCUCAAACACAGGCCCGCCCUUUCGAUUUCCCGCCAUGUGGGAGUCAACAAAGCCCUGAGUGAAGCCCACGACACUGUUCGAACCAUUGUCAUCAAUUUUGAGUAUCAUUACCUGGUAGCCACCAUCCACCGCGCCACGGGAAGAUGUCGGGCUUGGGGCGCUCAUGGCGAGGUGGUGCCUGGUGAGGAGAUGAAGGGCGUCAGCUCUAGUCUGGCUCUGAGUGUAGAAGCUAGCCGUUCUACGUUGCUCUACCUGAGGAGUGCGCUUCCCGUGCUGAUGGCGCCAGAGGUAUUCUGUAUGAUGCUGUUCUACCCCAUGUCAGCAGUUCUCAACCUCUUCUGCAGCGUCUUAUUAAACCCCCUGGAGCCACAAGCGGAAGCUGAUGUCGCAUUGUUAGACUCGGCGCCUGAAAUGAUCAGGAAUAUGAGGAUCAAGCAGGUUGCCAAAAAUGAGAUGCUGCAGCUCAAACUAGCUGAAGAAUUCAUCACUGAACUGUCCAGGCUCAGCCGGUGUGCUAUUGUCGAGGCCGCCAGAAGACAUGGAGUUAUGGAUAUCGACGGGGGAGGGUAAGAAUUAUGAAGGCUUGUCUAGGAUGAAAUACUCUUGCCCUUCUUACUUCGGGGUUGCAUGACUUAGGUAUCCAGCGACGGUGGAAGCGCGGAUAAAACGAUAUCCAAUGAAUUUUGACAACGCUGUCUCUAUACCUCUUUGCUAUGUAUGUUGUUUUGC